GGCUACCGACGCCUAUGAAAAUUCCGAAAACGAUAAUUUUCAUAGAUUCACGACGCGAUAUCCAAAAAUGCGCAGAAUGUUUGCGAGACUGGCUGUGCAGACUGUCGUCAGGGGCCAUAAGACACCGCGACAGCAGAGAGAUUAUCCAGGUCUACCACUCACACACCACGCUGCAUGAUAAGGAGGCCCUGUACAGCGAGUUCUCCAAAGUGGAUUCCAAGAUUCGAAUUAUGGUCGCAACUGAGUCACUGGGAACGGGAGUGGACCUCUCGAAUGUCAUACGUGUCGUCCAAUAUGGAUUCCCCUUGGAGCGGCUUUUAAGCGUUCUCAUCCAACGGUUUGGUCGUGCAGCUAGAAUGGCCAGCAUCAAGGGGGAGGCUGUCUUCCUGGUGGAAAGCUGGGCUGUAGGCGACAGGGUUUCAUCAACAAGAGCGGCGUUCUCCAGAAGCCGGAAGCAGUCGUCUUUAAGACAGCUUUCUUAUACGAGCCAGCUAGCUCAGUCAUGCCCCGUCGAGCCAGAAGCGGAGAGUGAUGUUCCAGACCACGAAGCGGAUGUUGCUGUAGACGCCAUUGACUAUGGCGUCCCAGAAGACCAGCGCAAACGCAAAACACAGAGAGAGCGCCGGACAGAGCUGUACAAUGACUGCCCAGCACUAUACAAUUUUGUCAAUCGAUCCAAUUGCCUACGCCGAAUCCUGAUGGAUUGGCUGCAAGAGAGUUUGUCAGAUCCCGCAUCUAAGUUGCCUCCUCCUAGACCGGACGAAUGUUGUAACGCCUGCAACCCUGGCCUGACGCGGACGGUGCCUUUCCCGUGGGACAUUGCUCCCAGUCUUCGGAAACCCCACGCUGGGACAGCACCAGGUGCAUUUUAUGACCGCCUAGCCCUCUGGGGAGACAAUGUUGUUAACUCGGCGCAUCAGACGGCGAAGCCCGAACUUUCCGUGAAGCUAUUUACUCAGAAGAGUGAGUGGAUAUCAUUAUCGACAGAAUAUGCCUACAUCCAUACAGCCGCUGAGUUGGAGGAGUUUGUGAAAUCGACCUGGUUGAAAGACCAUUCCGAUGAACUCUUUAAGGAGUUUAAUAAUAUCAAGUCCUACGUCGUGAGGAACUGGCCUGGAGGUAGCAGGCUAGAAACGUCACGGACGUCAGGAGCUGCAGGCCCAGUGCAGAUUUCCCUUGAUUAUCAAGAAGUCUACAAGGGUCCAGAAGGGAGAGAGACUCACAAGGGGCAAUCUUCAGUCGCGAUUGAGCAUCCCACUCAGCCAGAGAAACCUGUGUCCUUCUUGCGUAAGAGCGAUGAUUAUAUUUCCUCAUUGGAGAAACUCAUUGCUCGCGCGAGAGAGAAUACAGCAUUAUGCUCUCCAUGUUCACCUGACCGAGCGUUGUCAGAAAGACAGCCUAUGAUUAUUGCCGAGCAACAGUUUCGACAAAGUUCGUUGCUCGAGAGACAAGGUCCCCCUGCCACGAAGCAGAUGUCCCAACAAGGAGAGCCUCAGGAAAGAAGAGUAUCGACCGAAGUAAAGACUCUAAUAACUCCCGAUCAAGGACGAAGAGCAUCAUUUUUGCGUGACCGAGAAGAGUACGCUUCCUCGCUAGAACGAAUCACUGCCAACGCAAGAGAGAUAUCAGCCUCGUGCUCUCCUUAUCUAGCUACCCAAUCAGUGCCGAUAGUGGUAGCAGAUUCGUCAUUAACAUCCAUUAGGUCGGUUACAUCGACAAACGUAGAUUGCUCCUCUGGCAUAUCUAGUGUUUUCGAAGACAGUGAGAAUGGUUUGUCCAGCGUAAGUGGUGGCAAUCAGUCGUCGAAACGUCCCGCACCGAGUGAAGGAGAAGGAGAAAUGAUAAAGCGGGUCGCUCUCAGCGUUUUAGACUCUAAUAUAAGGCGAAGUCCUCGCAGUGAAAAAGAGAAGAAUAGGCGUUAUUACCACGGAGAGCGGAUAUUAUAGAUGGACUACUCCGACUCGAUAUCCGAAGGUAAGCCCCAUUCGUGGGCUUCAUCUCUAUCUUCCAAGGGCUGUAUCGCCAUCAUGUCGUUAUCGGGAUCCAGAUCAGCCG